AUGGUGGUGAUGCCACCAAAGAGAGAAGCCAUCCCCAAAGUGCUCCUAAAGCGCCUCGAUCAAUGGAACCUGACCAUAAAGAUGCUUGUCUUAGGUGUAGACUACCCAGACAUUGGGCAAGGAAGUGUAAGAUACAGAGAUAUACAUACUGUCAAUGUGGAUACUGGCUUUGGUUGGAAUCCCACUAAAAAUACUAUCGAUGCAUCAGAAGAAUGGUGGAGAAAUAAAAUACAGAUAAAUCCGCAAUAUGCAAAAUUGCUUGUUCGAGGCAUCAAUCCUGAGAUGGAGGCGAAGUUAGAUAUGAUGUUCAAUGGUGUUGUAGCUACCGGUAAAUAUGCUUGGGCACCUUCAUCUGAUCUACCACCACCUCAAAACAGCCAAGCUCCAAUGGAUGAAGUUAUUGCGUUGGAAGAUAAUCUUGAUUCCGAGGAGUUUGACCCUAAUGAAAGUCCACAGUUAGCUCAAGUUACCAAAGAGAUAGGAAAGAAGCGAGCAAAUUGUGAACUUGACACGAAAGAAUUGAAAAGGAAAAGAGGCAAAAUGGGAGGUGCUGCAAAACUGUCCCAACAAAUUAAUCGUCUUGUUGAGGUAGUUGAGACUAGGAGUACCGCAUCAUCAGCAUUGAUAAAAGGUUCACAAUCUACUAGUGUUUCCGAAGUAAUGAAGGUAGUUGAAAGUUUGUCAGGGAUAGAGAUUGGUAGCCAACUGUGGUGGUUUGCAACUGAGUUAUUUUGCUCCCAAGAGAAGAGGGAAAUGUUUUCUGUGAUGGAAGAUCCGGAGAUGAAGCUUCAAUUUAUCCUUCGUGAUCAAGAAAGGGAAAAUAAUAAGUAG